CGAACGAGCAGUCUCCGCAGACGUAGUACCUGCACAGGUGGAGGCCGUCGCACUGGGGACACUCUCCGGGUUUCUUCUGACAGAGGCGCAGACCGGUCCUAGCCACCAGGAGACUGUCCGGACUGAUCACCUGGCCGCCGGCCGCCUUCCCUCUGCCCGGUCGGAUGCAUAUUUUACCGUCGUCGAACAGGACGCUCCGGAGCACCGGCUCGGACACUCCGGGGAAACUCCUCACGAUCCUCUCGUGCAGCCGCUUCGAGUCCAAACUGCCCUGGUGGUCGCACAGGGUCUGGAUGACGAAUGUAGAAAUGGCCGAAGUCAUCAUUGACACAGGGUUCGAUCAGCAAAGUGAGUCGUUGAGCUGCAGGGAGAAGCGGACGUGGCUCCGUGGUUACAGAGAAACGAAAACGAAACUUAGACGAGGAACAAGGAAAAGGACACUGAUCCCAAGCCCUUUAAAAACAAAUACCACCAACACGAAGGUUUUUCAUUUUGAAAACAUUUAAACUGAGGAGUGACAUGUGCUGUAACUUGUACUGACCACGUCAAAUGCUGCCAUAUUAAUGUCACAUAUAUAUAAAUUAAUACAUACCCCUGAAAUAGAAUACAAGUGAUUUUGCUUUUCUGUACAGAUUCUACGGAAGCCCUCGAAUGCCACAAGCAGACCAUAGAUACAAACAACAGGAGUUCAGUUUACCCUAGCAACCGUGGAGAACAUGGAAGAGACAGAAAAACAGGAAGAAGAAGAACAAGUUCUCUCCAUCAGGAUCCAGGAGCUCAGGAGUUCUAAUGAAGCCCUGCUGACAGAGAACGAGAUGUUUGAGAGUUUCAUCGGCCGUUUGAAUCCACUGGACCUGGAGUGCCAGUCCGGGGGGGAGGGCACCGAGGGAUCGGUAGCUUCUCUGAUGGAGGGGGGGGGACGGAGAAGGAGGUCUCGCUCCUCCACAUCAGAUCGCCCCCUGCAGCUGACCCUGGAACAAAAACUUUUUAUUGCGCAGUGUGAAAUAAAGGCGACACAACAAGAUCGUGAGGAUCUCAAACGGAGAAGUGAGUUAGUCCAGGACAACUACAAGGCCUCUAUGGAAGUGUCUGAAAUGUGUCUGGCAGAGAUCAGGAAGGCCAAGAAAAAGUUUGAAUGCAGAAUUCUCAAACCUAUGAAGGACACGAGUCUGGAAGUGAAGGACCCAGAGAAGGUGCUGCAGUGUCUCAGAGACAAGUCGAAGGACAACCAGCUGGAGAAGUUACAUCUGAAGAUCCAAGCACUGAAGCUCGAGGAGAAGAAGCUCCAGCAGAAACUGCAACUCAGUAAGGAAAUGGGAAAAGCUGAGUUCAAGAAGGAAAUCAUCCAGGAGAAGACUGAACAAAGAGAAGACAAAAAUCCAGACGAACUCAAAGUCAAAAGUUUGACAGUGCAACGCAUCCUCAGUUCACACAAGGAGAAGCUGCAGUCUGCGACAAUGGAGUUGAAAGAGUUGAACCAUGAGAUCAGCAACAGGGAGCAGAUGCUGGUCAGACUUGAUGCGGACAUACAGCAUGCUGAAGAGAAGCGUUCGAGCGCCGAGGCCCUGAGCCAACACCUGCGCUGCCAGAUGGCCGACUAUCAAGCUCCUGAUGUCCCCGAGUACAUGCAGGUCAAAGCCAAACACAAGAAGCUGCAGCAGAGCAUCCACACUUGGGAGCGGAAGGUUAUGAUUGCUGAGAUGGCCUUGAAGACUCAAACUAAGGCCAGGGCCAAACAGAGAGGCGCUCUCACUCCUGCAGACAGCGCUGCAGCUGGAGCGGGUUCUGGGGGAGACCUCGUCCCCCAGUAGAGCCGCGGCACAUAGCAGAACACGAGAGAGGCAGAGAAUCAGACGACAGAAUGAAUGAAGGAUGGAAACCUCACAAAACAGUGGCAAAUGAUUCGUGUUCGUGAUAUUAAUGAUGCAUCUUCAAUUUGAUUUGUUGCAACCAUUUGAUAUUUUCUUGUAAUAUUGGUUUGACUUAAUAGAAAGAAAAAUACACGUGUGGGUUUGAAGGUCCCCGAUAUCUAAUUUAUAUUUUAGUCAUAUGGUCUAAAUUGUACGGAAGUCCUGUAAAUGUUAAAGCUCCAUUUUAUCCAAUUCCAAUAAAUAAUUAAAAUGA